CUUUUUUUGUUUAGCUAAUAAAAAAUCUUUAAAAAUUGAUAUGCCCAUCUCUCCAACAGGUCGACCCCACAAGUUGAAAGUGCCGUGACGUAAAAAAAUAAGUGUUUGAAAAAAAGGGAAUAUUUUAUAUGCAAAGGGACAAGUUACAUUAUACAAUAAUAACAAGUAAUCCAUAUUAGAAAGGGACAAGUUACAUUAUUCAAUCCAAUAAUUGAAAAUGAAAAUUGUUUACCUUGACAAGUCACAAGUUUGAGAGAAAGAAGAAGUCAAAGAAUUAGAAAAAAUUUGAUUAUCUUCACAAAUAUUUGUUGAGAUGAAUGUGUCUUUUCUAGUCAGUAAUUUAUUGUGUGGUUUCUGAGAAUAAAAAUAAAAAUUUAUGUAUCUACUUAUAUAACUAUAUGAACUGCUGAAAGUGUUGUCUCUAGAAAAAGUUGACUAGAAGGUUUGAAAGUACCAACAAGCAAUAAUAACUGAAAAUUGAUAUUGUUUCUUAUAUUCCCUCUCCCUCCAUAUAUACAUUGCAUUGCACUACUUCUCAGGGAAGUAAGAGUCAUUUGUUCAUUCAUGGGUUCUAUUGAUGAUGUUGAUCACAAUAUUCCUCAACUGGAAGAACAAGGCCUUCUUCAGGAUGAAACGACCGAACAAUACACAGGAGAUGGUUCGGUUGACUUUAGAGGGAAGCCUGCUAUUAAGCACAAUACUGGCAAUUGGAGAGCUUGUCCGUUUAUUCUAGGUAAUGAAUGUUGUGAACGUUUGGCUUUCUUUGGCAUUGCAACAAACCUUGUUACCUAUCUUACCACCAAACUACAUGAAGGAAAUGCCUCUGCUGCCAGAAAUGUCAGCAUCUGGCAAGGAACUUGUUAUCUUACACCUCUCAUCGGAGCUGUUCUGGCAGAUGGUUACUGGGGAAGAUACUGGACAAUCGCUGUUUUCUCUAUGAUUUAUUUCGUUGGAAUGUGUAUCUUGACUCUUUCUGCAUCUGUUCCAUCGUUGAAGCCAGCUGAGUGUUUGGGUUCGGUAUGUCCUCCGGCUAGUCCUAUGCAAUAUUAUGUGCUCUACUUUGGUCUCUAUGUAAUUGCACUAGGGACUGGCGGUGUAAAAGCAUGUGUGUCAUCUUUUGGGGCCGAUCAGUUUGAUGAUACUGAUCCCAAGGAAAAGGCCAAGAAGGCUUCCUUUUUCAACUGGUAUUACUUUUCUAUCUACCUAGGUGCCCUUGUGUCAUGUAGCUUCAUUGUGUGGGUUCAAGAUAAUGCAGGAUGGGGUCUUGGAUUUGGCAUUCCUGCUUUAUUUAUGGGGUUAUCCGUUGGAAGCUUCUUUUUAGGCGCCUCUCUCUACAGGUUUCAAAAACCAAGGGGUAGCCCUAUUACAAGAAUGUGCCAGGUUGUGUUAGCAUCUGUCCGGAAGCAUAAUUUGGUUGUGCCUGAGGAUAGUAGUCUCCUGUAUGAGAUGCCUGACAAGAAUUCCGGAGUUGAAAGAAGUCGCAAACUGAUGCAUCAUGAUGAUCUCAAUAUCCUCCCCAGCUUGAGAGUGCUUUCAACUACAACAGGGCUUCCUCUUCACGACCUUCUAAAACUCCUUUUUUCUUUUUUCUUUCUUUGUUUAAAUAAAGGUGGAGGAAUUGAAAAUCUUGAUUCGCAUGUUUCCAAUUUGGGCUUCAGGCAUUAUAUUUUCUGCUGUCUACGCCCAGAUGUCAACACUGUUUGUGGAGCAAGGAACUAUGAUGGACACUAAUAUUAGUUCCUUCAAAUUAUCCCCAGCUUCUCUCUCAACCUUUGAUGUAGUAAGUGUUGUUUUUUGGGUCCCCGUCUACGACAAGAUACUUGUUCCUAUUGCAAGGAAAUUUACAGGCAAGAAAAGCGGCCUUUCCGUUUUUCAAAGAAUGGGAAUUGGCCUUUUUAUUUCCGGGCUGUGCAUGUUAUCAGCUGCUGUUGUGGAGAUUAAGCGUUUGCAGCUUGCAAGAGAGCUUGACCUUGUUGAUAAACCCGUUGCCGUACCCUUUAGUGUAUUAUGGCAAAUACCUCAAUAUUUCUUAUUAGGCGCAUCAGAGGUAUUCACAUUCAUCGGCCAGCUUGAGUUCUUCUACGACGAAUCACCAGAUGCUAUGCGGACGUUAUGCGGUGCCCUUCCGCUCCUUAAUUUUUCAUUGGGGAAUUACUUGAGCUCUUUCAUUCUUACUAUGGUAACUUACUUUACUACACAAGGUGGGAGGCCUGGAUGGAUUCCAGAUAACUUGAACAACGGACAUCUUGAUUACUUUUUUCUGGUUCUAUCUGGACUUAGUUUAUUAAAUAUGUUGCUGUACAUAAUUGCUGCAAAAAUGUACAAGCAGAAGUAGGUUUCUUAAGAUUUUUCAAGCAUGUAUUGCUCUUAAGAGCGGAAGCAUGUUCCCAUAUUUCCUUCUUUCAUUGUGGAUAUUCUUCUGCAUGUUUAGUUUAGUAUGCAUAUGCUAAUUAUAAAUGGAGUUUGGGAAGGUGGAUAAUAUGGGUUUUUGGAGACCGAGUUAUGGAAUCAAACUUACCAUGUUGUAGAUAAUUAUUUUUAUGGGAGAAGAGCUAAGUGAGAAAUAUGCUUAGCGCUCUCAGCUGUGCAACUAUAGUAGAAGAUCAGCUAAACCUAUGGCAUUGAAAAGCAGAUUCUUUUGAGUAAAAUAAGCUUAUAAGCUCAUUCAAAUGCACGAUCAUCGAGCAGACAAGAAGCUAUUCAACAACUUAUGGUUCAGUUUAGCUCCUCAAAAACUCCAUGCUUUUAAUUAUUGAGAAGAGAAGUCUUGGCUGAUCAAACUGGUGUGUGUUUUGCAAGAGCGAAGUAGAAUUCACAGAUCAUUUAUUCUUUACUUGUAACGUGUCAUUGCAUUUGGAAAAAAUGUUAUUUGUAGUUGGGUCAGGUGUAAGCACAGUUACGCUACAUAAUGGUAGAAGAGUGUCUAAGGCGCGUCGAAGCAAAGAAAAUUCCCAUUCUGUACAACUGAAUGCAAUCGAACACAAAUUGAUGUAUAUGGAUAAGGGCACCCCUUUAUUGUACUCAUAUAUGUUAAUAUAUUUUCCUUAUCCAAAAA